CGGAUGAAAGGCGAACAAUUGCUGCUCAAUUUUGCCAAUUAUUUGGAUGGACAUUUUUCAUCAUUAGCAACUUUGGAGCGAUUUGCUUUUUCGCAUGGAAUGGCUGCAUCAGUAAAAGUUGCAAUAUGGGAAGCGCAAUUGUUAGAAUACGCUGAACCACUUGCAAAAGCUUCAAAGGGACUUAGUAUUG